AUGGCCGUCCGACCUUAUCAAAACUUCCCUGGGAGAGUACUCUUCAGCUCUCUCUACAAUCAGAGCUACAGAACCCAAGUAGGAUCUGAUUUCCUUGUUUCAUCUUCGGCCAAAUUGGUGAACCCCCAUCAUCACAUCGCCUCUUCUGACGAGGUCUCGUGGACUCUGGAUACAAAAGCCCUCAGAGGAAUGGACGAUCGAAAAGUCCUGUCUCUAUUUUCAAUCGGAUUCUUCGGUGGAUUCGUCCUUGGAAUCGAGCGCAUGCUUUUGACAGCCGGAGCCUGGAGAUUGCUCCCUGUUCAUUUCACCGCCUUUCCAAGCGAGUCCUACAAUUCGAGUAUAUGGCACAGAUCAGACAUCCCAGAUGACGAUCUCUGUCCCACCGGGACAAAACUCUUUGGAUCUUUCCAAUUGCUCGACAAACAAAUCUCGAAAGGGCCGACCAAUGCAUCCACAUCCACGUCCAGUUAUGUAGACUAUGGAUUCGGCUCCGAUACUUAUUCAUUCUCCGGCUGCCAUCGCUUCCGCAUCACGAGAAUCCCAACAACGCCGGAGAAUGCAAAAGAGCUGGUUCAAAUCAGCCUCGAAGGGUUCCAUUGUGAUCCACAGCAAAAUCGAUUGUGGCUGCCCAGGAUUGCAUUCUGGUUCCACGCUGCUUAUGCCAGGGUUCUCUUUGCGAAUGGGAUGCAGUCAGUCUUGACUGGAGGUGCUCAACAAGGAGCAAGUCAUCAAUAG